AUGGCAGACUCUUCGUCAUCUAGCACAAACUCGAGCUCUCCGUUACAGCGGAGCAGCUCAACAUCAAGCUCUGCUGCUCUGGAUGAUGGGGAAAGUCACCAGUUGCUUCCUUCAGAUUCAGAGGACGAAAGCCCGAGCGAUCAGAAACAGAAUGCUGCACAGGUACCUGAUGGAAGUGCUGACAAGGACGUGGAGGCAGAGGUUGGGUCUCCAGGAGACGAAGACGAUGAAGAGAUGGCAGUCGGGGCAGAAGACGAGAUGACUGACAAGAACUUUAUGAAGGUCACGUAUGGUGUGCAGAAAAAGGUCAAAAAGUUGGGUUGGCCAUAUGGUCCUGCCGACUUACCGGCACUGUUUAAAUGGCCUUCAGACAACGCAUCCGUCUUGAUGGAUGUUGAAGAGUACCGUAAGUCAUUCCACGAGCUCAGCAAGUACAAGAUUCAUAUCAAUGACUCCUACUCUGGAAUGGGAACUGGUGGCUAUGCGUUGCAUUUGCAACAUAAACACAUGGUCAGUGACAAACUCAGUUCUUGUAUCCAAACGUUUCGAAACGCAGUGAUGUUUGAUUUGACACACAUCAGCCAGAGCGAUGUUCAAAGUGCAACGCACUAUGUCCAACAAACCUAG